AUGACACCCCGAAUUACCAACUGGACCGAUCUGACCUUCGCUUCCGAGGAAGAGGACCCUGACACAAACAAAGUCCAGUACACAUCUUUCGGUCUCAUUGACGACAAUGAAGUCUUCUACUAUGGCCAAAGAAGUGUUGCCAAGGCAGAAAUCUUAUUCGAUAAUCUCAUGGAUGCUCUCCAUCCUGUCGCUGAUGACUCCAUCUUCCCCGCAUGGCCCGUAUCAGGGGCAGAGCAUCUAAAAGCCUCCAUGUCAGGAACACUACCUGAAAAUCUUUACAUUAAGCGUCCUACCUUGGAGUUCUACACCAUGCUCAAAGAGAUGGGCAUUGAGAAACAACUUUACCACACUAUUGCCGCAGAGGCAUAA